UCUACCUCUCGAGUCUCGAUCUCUACUGGAGUACUCCGAGUCCGUCCAAACACCGCAAAGCCUUCCCCGCAGCAAAGGAAAUCCCCCAAAAGGAGGCCAAGGCAACCGAGCCGCCUCCACCUCCGCAUCCUCAGAUGGCCGAGCCGCCGCCCGCCGGGAUAGACCCGCGCAGCGGCUUCUGCGCCGCCACGCGGACCUUCCACAGCCUCCGUUCCGCGGCCGCGCUGCCGCCGGAGUCGCUCCCGGUCACGGCCGCGGCCUACGCCUUCUCGCUCCUCUCCUCCCCGCUCACGGACCGCCCCGCGCUCGUCGACGCCGCAACCGGCAUUGCCGUCUCCUACCCGUCGUUCCUGGCCGCCGUCCGCUCCCUCGCCGGCGGCCUCUGGUCUUCCCUCGGCCUCCGCCCGGGCCACGUCGCCCUCGUCGUCGCGCCCUCGCGCCUCGAGGUCCCCGUGCUCCACUUCGCGCUCAUGUCCAUCGGCGCCGUCGUCUCCCCCGCCAACCCGGCCUCCACCGCCGAGGAGUACGCGCACCAGGUCGCGCUCUCCAGGCCGGUCGUCGCGUUCGCGGCUCCCGAGGUGGCCGCCAAGCUUCCAAACCAUGUCAGGCGCGUCGUUAUCGGGUCGGAUGCGUACAAGAGGCUGGCCUCUGCCGGCGUGGACGCGGCUCCUCCGCCGGUGGCGGUGAAGCAGUCGGACACCGCGGCCGUGCUGUACUCCUCGGGCACCACCGGGCGGGUCAAGGCCGUCGCCGUCACGCACCGAAACCUCAUCGCUCUGAUCUGCGCGCACAGCGAGAACCGGGAGACGGUGGCCGCGGACGCCAUCAAGGCGGGCGAGGAGCCGCCGCCGCCGGCCGUCACGUUAGUGCCCCUUCCGCUGUUCCACGUCUUCGGGUUCAUGAUGAUCCUGCGGUCCGUGUCCAUGGGGGAGACGGCCGUGCUCAUGGAGCGGUUCGACUUUGGCGCCGCGCUGCGCGCCAUAGAGCGGUACCGCGUCACGCUGCUGCCCGCGGCGCCGCCUCUCCUGGUGGCCAUGGUUAAGUCCGAGGAAGCGCACCGCCGCGACCUCUCCUCGCUCCUCGUCAUCGGCGUCGGCGGGGCACCGCUUGGCCGCGAGGUCGCCGAGCGCUUCGCCGCCGUCUUCCCCGACGUGCAGAUUGUUCAGGGCUACGGUUUGACGGAGUCUUCUGGCUCUGUGGCCUCGACGGUCGGGCCGGAGGAGUCCAUGGCAUACGGUUCAGUCGGGAAGCUGGCGUCGCACUUGCAGGCGAAGAUAGUCGACCCGUCCACCGGCGAGGCAGUCGGGCCGGGGCAGCGCGGCGAGCUCUGGAUCCGAGGCCCAGUUGUCAUGAAAGGUUAUGUGGGUGACGACAAAGCAACAGCAGAAACGGUAGAUUCAGAAGGCUGGUUAAAAACUGGCGACCUUUGCUACUUCAAUGAAGAUGGAUUUCUCUACAUUGUUGAUCGAUUGAAGGAGUUGAUAAAGUACAAAGGAUACCAGGUGCCUCCAGCUGAACUGGAGCAUAUUCUACAAUCUCAUCCUGGAAUUGCAGAUGCUGCAGUUAUUCCAUAUCCGGAUGAAGAUGUUGGGCAACUACCUAUGGCUUUUAUCGUGAGGCAACCAGGUUCUAACCUUACCGAGCAACAAGUCAUGGAUUACGUGGCCAAACAGGUUGCGCCCUACAAGAAGGUCCGUCGAGUGACAUUUGUAACAUCAAUACCGAAAUCACCUGCGGGGAAGAUCUUGCGGCGGGAACUUGUGCAGCAGGCCGUUUCCAUGGGUGCCUCCAAGCUUUGAGAUGUAAUUUGCUGUUGAAAUCUAGAAGAUUCUUUUGCUGUAGGAGUAUCAGCAUAUACUAAACUGGGAUAUUUACGUACUCCAUGGCUCUAUGCUGCGGUAUUAUUCACAUUGAUGCAGCCCUUACAAUCGUGUUUACACUUGGUACUCUGCACACAGCAAAUACUUCUUUCUCUUUGUGGGGAAUUGAGAGAUUUUGUGGUGGCUGGUGACAUUACAACCACCUGAGUGAACAGGUUGCAAGAAAGUUCCUGCACAA